AUCCUAGCAUGAGAGAGAAUACACACAUUUGAAACUCUUCUCCAUCUUUACAUACAUAAAUUCAGAGGGUUCUGUGAAAACUGGAUUACAACACACUUUUAAAAAUGCAUGAGUCCUUUAAAUGCAAGUCCUUUCUGUGAAUUGAAAAGCCUGUAAUUGAAUCUUCAUCUAAUUUGCAUGCUUAGAGAAAGCAGCUGAGCUAUUAAUCAUCAAAAAGAUGUAAAAUAACAUAAAUAUUAAAUGACUUACUAUGAUGCUUCUUCCUCUGAGAUAAAUAGGCGAGCAUGUGCUGAUAACAGCUAUUUGGGAUUGGCAUUGCCCUGCAAAUCUAAGGCUUUCAGGAGCCCAUGAAAAGCUGAGUAAAAAUUGUGAGUUCUUGAGUUGCAAUGUAUGCAUUAUUUUCUCUCCUUUUGGUAGCAAUUGCUAUAAUUGAAUCCAUGGCAGGACUUCUAGGAAAUGGAGCUGUUUUGGCUGUCUGUUCAACUAGCUGCAUCAGGAGCAAAAUAUUGUCCUCGUAUGAUAUGAUUAUGAUCUUUCUGAGUUUAUCCAGAUUCUCUUUGCAGUCCUGGAUGAUGCUGGAUUUGCUCCUAAGUCUGUUUUGCGAAACCUCCUAUUACGAAGAAAAUCUGUUUGUAAUUUUCAAGACAGUUUUUAUGUUUCUGAACUACUCCAGCCUCUGGUUUGCUGCCUGGCUUAGUGUCUUCUAUUGUACCAAGAUUGCUAGUUUUACUCAGUCUUUCUUCAUCUGGCUGAAGCAAAGAAUUUCCAGUCUUGUGCCCUGGAUGCUGAUAACAUCAUCUCUUUUCUCCUUUGCAACCUCUCUUCCUUUUGCCUGGGAUGUCUACGAUGUGCACAACAACUUCACUGCUCCUUUAACCAUGACAAACUCUUCAGAAAGGAGAGUCACAAUGAAAGCUAGUUUUUUUUUCUUGAUUCUUCUCUGUAAUGCUGGUGUAGCACUGCCUUUAAUAGUGUUUGUCGUUUCGAGUAUCCUGCUGAUUAGGUCUCUGUGGAUACACACCAGACAGAUGCAAAAUAACGCAACUGGCUUCAGGGAUGCUAGCUUAGAGGCCCAUAUUGGUGCCAUCAAGUCAAUCUUUUCCUUCCUUAUCCUCUAUGUUACAUAUUUUAUUUCUUUGGUUCUCAUUUUAUCCAACAUUUUUUUACCUUUAAGCAUUGGGGAAGCCAUGUGUUUAGCUGUAAUGGCUGCUUGUCCUGCAGGACACUCUAUGGUCUUAAUCUGGAGCAACCCCAAAUUUCGAGAGCUGCCAGCUAGGAUUUUGCACCACGCAAACUGUCAUGUCAGAACUAGAUCCAUGUAAAAGAUGCUGGGAUAGCCUGGGCUUUCUAGUUUAGAUCCAAAUUAAUUAAACUGAAGUCCCCAGAGGUAUAAAAUAAUAGAAGCAUGAAUGAGUAGAUUAUGGCCCUGAUCUGGAAUCAUGAAGCUGGGAAUUUGCUUUACUUGGAUGUGAUCCUUGUAAUGAGGAAUUCUGUAAGUUUUCUCCUAUUUUAAAAGAUGAUUGCCUGCAGAAUAUAAGUACUGUACUUGCUGUACUUUAUUUAGAAAUCACCAAUAUGUAAUCACUUGAGAUGGUUUAAGUUAUGAAUCAGACUCUCAUGAUAGUAACAGAACAGACCUGCUUAAGCACAGGCAUGCUCAAAUUUUAUAUGUGAAUAUGAAGCUUGAAGGCUGUUUCUGGUUAGUGCAAGCACAUAUGAGGAUGCUAAGGAAUUCCCAAGAAUUUGGGAGUUUCUUACUGGUCAUUUUUGACUGCUUGUUGAUUCUAUUAGAAGAAAAAUGUUUGUUGGUUCUAAAAGCAUCUUUAAGAUUCCAGUAUGAUUCAGUGAAGAAUGACACAGACUUUUGUGCUUCCUGCUGUUGCUGAACUAGUAAUCAGUGUCUCUGUUCCCAACAGAAAGAUACGUUGGAAGACUCCCAAAAUCCUGUGACUAGAGCUAAUAGGAAAAAAUUUCCUAAUAUCAGACUUUUCUGAAGAAUGAAUUGAAAGGUUAAUUUUUGGCUUUUGCUAGGGAGAAUAGAUUCCUCAAAUCAGAAGCAUGGAUUUGUGUCAUUUAAAUAUUGUCAAAUAUCAUUAAAUUACUAAAAUUAAUUAGUAUUAGUGAGAAAAUAGUUCACCAAUGUUUAAAUAUAUGGCUUGGAAUUCUCUUUAAAAGUUUCUAGAAAUUGAACAUCUCCAUGAAUUGUCUCAAUUUUGACAGGCUGUGUCCUGUAAUUUUUUUCUACACAGGAAUUCCUUCAGCUUUAGAAAUAAAUUACAAUUUCCUGGACAAAUCACAUAUUUUGGCAGAGUCCAAAACUCAGCACAUUGGGACUGGAACUUUAUGAUUCUUUUCAGCUGCAGCAGGAGUUUACAUUCUUUUAAAGUGAUCAUCAGUGAAAUAUAUAUGG